CGCAGUGCUAUGUGUUGACAUAAGAGAAGGGUGAUAAAAUAUAAGUUAAAUGACGUAAUUGAGGUUUUAACUUACAUCGAAUAAAAAUAGUUUCAGUUUAGUGACAUACUAUAACAGAAAUGAGCAGCGGAAAUUGUUUCAAAACUCUUCCAUCAGACAAAAAUAGACAGCCGGAAUAAGUACCUAUAUUAAUGAAUACGAUGUAAAUAUACACCGCGUAAAAAUUACUUGUACUGGAUUUCAUUUUGAGUUUUUACGUUAUGUUUAGUUUAUUUUGAAUUGAUUCUUUAAAAUGACUGAAACUCCAAACCAAGCCAAACUUUCUUGGAGAAGACUACAUUUGAGCCGUGCCAAAUUAAAAGCUUCGAGUAGAACAUCUGCUCUACUUGCAGGGUUCGCAAUGGUGGCCAUGGUUGAAAUCCAACUCAGCAAAGAAGUACCGGAGGAACUGCUAAUUACAUUUUGUGUUUGCACUACCCUUUUAGUUGCGGUUCACAUGCUGGCUCUGUUGAUAUCUACCUGCAUUUUACCUCAUAUUGAAGCUGUAACAAGUAUGCCCUGUUCUAUAUCUGAAUCACCCCAUGAGAAGUUACACUGGUACAUAGAAACUGCAUGGGCAUUUUCUACAGUGUUUGGAAUAUUGUUGUUUCUCUUGGAAAUUGCUAUUUUAUGUUGGGUGAAAUUUUAUGAAUACAGUUUUACGGCUGCCUGGUGCACUACCAUUGUUUUGUUUCCUGUUGUCCUUAUUUUGCUUGCUUUUGCCAUACAUUUUUAUCGCACGUUAGUCGCUCAUAAGUUUGAACUCUCAAAGCAUGGACUUAGAGAAUUGGAAUCUUUAGCCAAUCGACUUCAUGGUGAUAGCUUAGACAGGAACUCGGAACAUUCUGUUCUUGCUGUCUAAGUUAAUAUGACUUGAGUUAGUUUUCUGUUACAUGUUAUUAACAUUAUUCUUAUUGUGAUAGAUAUAAUUAGAUGUUAUUUUACAUGUUAUUUUUACUGGUUUGUUAAUUUAAUACUUAUAAUUUAAUAUUUAAAGUUUUAUAAUUCUUUUUUUUGCAUUAAAUGACUGCUAUUCUAUAUAACUAGUAAGACUUAUAGAAAUGUAAAAUCAGUGAUCUGCACAGUGGCUAUUUCCAUCAUUAGUUGAAUUUAUAUCUAAGUAAUAACAACAUCAACAAGAAAACAGAUUUAUUAAUCUGAUGUUCUAAUUUGUGUAGUAUUUAAAAAAGAAAAAAACCAUAUUUAUGAUAAUAAUAAUUUAAAUUGUUGUUAUUCGUUAUUAAUAAAUUUUUUGGCAGUGUGUACUUUUACAUGAGAACUAUGCAUUUUGUGGAUUGAAUUACAAGUUUCAAAUCAAAAUUUCUGAUCUGACUCUUUUGUGAUCUGAUCAGUGGCUGUUUCCAUCAUUAAUUUAAUAUAUAACUAAGUUAUAACAACAACAGCAAGAACACAGAUUUAUUAUUUAUUAAUCUGACAUUCUUGUUUGUGUAGUAUUUAGAAAAGAAAAAAAGCGUAUUUUCCAUAUUUAUCCUAAUAAUAAUUAAAAUUGUUGUUAUUCAUUAAUUGAGAAAUCUUUUGGCAGUGCGACUUUUACACAAGAACUAUACAUUUUGUCAAUUGAAUUACAAGUUUCAAAUCAGAAUUUGACAGAAUCACAGGGAAUAAGAUUCUUAAAUAAUAUUUUCGAUUAUUUUUCUUACAGUAUUAUAAUUUGUUCAAUAUUAUAUUAUUGUAAGAAACAAGAACACUAAUAAAUGACGAGACAUCCUCCGG